AUGGCAGUUGCUGUUGCCCUACUGAGCGCUCGUCAUCAAGGAGAUAAAACAGGUAGUAAGCAGCUGGUGAUCUGGUAUGAUCUCAGAAAUGUAACAGUAUUGAUCGUCAUCAUCAAAAACAAAAGGAUGAGGACACGGACUAACUUCUUCUUGGCCAACUUGGCAGUGGCAGAUUUCCUUGUCGGCAUCCUGUGUAUCAUACCAAACCUGUCCGUCAACCUUUCACCGAAGUGGGUUCUUGGCCGCGCAAUGUGCAAGAUUUAUUACUUUGUACAGAACAUGAGCUACACAGCUUCAAUGUUGUUUCUCGCCGUCAUCGCCAUUGAACGUUACGUUGCCAUCAUGUAUCCCCUACGGUCACGUCAACUCUUCACCAGCGUUCGACUCCAGAUAGCCCAGGUCUUCAUCUGGCUCGUUGCAUCCGCCUCCAACGUACAAUUACUGUUCAUCUUCGAUAUCCACGGCACGGGGGGCUCCGACGGUACUUAUAGCGAAUACUGUUUUCACACUGCUUCUAUAUUCACAAUGCGAGCUCUCGCUACGGUCAACAUUGUUCUUUGGUAUACGGUCCCUCUCGGAGUAAUGGCGGUUGUGUACACUCGCAUUUCCAUUACAUUAUGGUCCACAAGUAAAAACGCUUUGGUUCAGUCAAAGGAAAGCGAUCCCCACAAGAAAGAACAACAUAUAAGUGACAAGAAACAUUGUUCGUGUGUAAGGUUGAAUGACAGCCACAGCAGUGAUCUCGACGACAAAGAAGUAACAAAAGUAACAUGUAAUACAGGUGUUACAGAAAAUAGUUCCUCGUCUGAGACACGAAACGAAAAAAGCUUAAAAUCAAACCUACGUAACGGAAACACGAACAGCAACUGCUGUCAUGAUGGUCGACGUUCUCCGAAUAAAGUCAGAUACUGUCUUCCCCACGACAAAGACCAUGCAUACAAGCAGGAAAAGAAUAAAUCGCAUCUGUCAACUAGUCAAUCACUGUCGCCAUGGCAGAUCCGACGUUCCACACAAGCCCGUCAGUCACCUAAACUUUCAAAACGUGACUCGCCCAAUUCGCUCAAAAUGGAGGUAUCCACCGACAUGUACAGUGAAGUGACAUUUAGUGAAGACACGGACAGUAUUAGGAGCCGGGUCUCUGUAAGGAGGCCGCGCAAUACACGGAUGAGUUCCCGCAAGGCUCUGUCCUCGAGACGUCGGGUUAUUAAGUUGCUCAUGGCGGUUCUAGCCACGUUCGCCAUUUGCGUUUUGCCACAUCACUUGCGCCUUCUCCUUCACUACUGGCAAGUAUUCCCAGGACCAAAUGUCAGCCUCUUGCCCCCGAUAACAUCCAUAAUGCUCUAUCUCAACAGUGCCUUGAAUCCCCUUCUGUAUUGGUUGUUUUCAGACAGCUUUCGACGGAGUUUCAAGGAUACGUUUUUCUGUUGCCGGAAAAUGUCUAAAACUGGACGUUACACCGUCACUUAGAAUAUAUUGACGGACAAUGGUGUUUCAUUCUAUGUGAUUGACAAAUACAUCAAUUCAAUACAUUAUUAAAAGUGUUUCCAUUUAUUGAAAUAACUGUGAAAACUGACUUUUCAGGUGUGACAUUCGUGGCGUGAAAACUGGUCAUUGUUUUGUAGACGAACGUCUUGGGGUGAUAAGGAGACGAAAUAUG